AUGAGACAUCUUGUGGCAAAUACUGAACUGAGCCUCGAUGAGUUUGAGGAGCAGGAUCACCACAGUGUAACGGUGUUUCACGAGUUAGCGACGCAACGAAAAGUCAUGUCCAAUAUAUAUGGUGGUUGCUCAUUUGAUGAGCACUACAGUAACUGUGGUUAUAGCGUGGCUUUGGGGACAAAUGGAUUUACCUGGGAGCAGGUUAAUACCUGGGAAAAGCCAACGAUGGACCCUGCUGUUCCAACUGGCUCCUUCAUGAUGGUUAACAGCUCUGGACGGGCAUCUGGGCAGAAAGCCCACUUGCUUUUGCCUACGCUGAAGGAGAACGACACACAUUGCAUCGACUUCCACUAUUACUUAUCCAGCAGAGACCGUUCCAGUCCUGGCUCUCUGAAUGUCUAUGUGAAGGUGAACGGUGGACCGCAGGGCAAUCCCAUAUGGAAUGUGUCAGGGAUUGUUACAGAAGGAUGGGUGAAGGCGGAACUUGCCAUCAGUACGUUCUGGCCACAUUUUUAUCAGGUGAUAUUUGAAUCUGUCUCCUUGAAAGGACAUCCAGGGUACAUUGCUGUGGAUGAAGUCAGGGUUCUUGCCCAUCCAUGCAGAAAAGCACCUCAUUUCCUGCGGCUGCAGAACGUGGAGGUCAACGUGGGGCAGAACGCCACCUUCCAGUGCAUCGCCGGGGGCAAGUGGUCGCAGCACGACAAGCUCUGGCUCCAGCAGUGGAAUGGCAGGGACACAGCGUUGAUGGUGACCCGAGUGGUCAACCACCGGCGCUUCUCGGCCACGGUGAGCGUAGGCGACACUUCGCAGCGCAGCAUCAGCAAGUACCGCUGCGUCAUCCGCUCCGACGGCGGCUCCGGCGUGUCCAACUACGCGGAGCUCAUCGUGAAAGAACCCCCAACGCCUAUUGCCCCUCCGGAGCUGCUGGCGGUCGGAGCCACCUACCUGUGGAUCAAGCCCAACGCCAACUCCAUCAUCGGAGACGGGCCCAUCAUCCUGAAAGAGGUGGAGUAUCGGACGACCACCGGGAAUUGGGCGGAAACGCACAUUGUGGACUCCCCGAAUUACAAACUGUGGCACCUGGAUCCCGAUGUGGAGUAUGAGAUCCGAGUGCUGCUCACGCGCCCCGGAGAAGGAGGCACCGGGCCCCCGGGCCCACCGCUCACAACCAGAACCAAAUGUGCAGUUGCCAAGCACAAGAGCCUAGACAAGGAGUCUCUUUGUCCUCUUGCAAAUGAGGCCACUCUUGUGAAAAACCGCCUCCUUUGA